AUGGCGACGGGACUGGGAGAAACACCAGUGAUCGGUCUUUACCUUUCAAACGUCGCCUCGCAGGGUCAUCCGGCACAUAUCCGAACAGCCAACCGUGAAUCGACCACGACGCCUCAGCCCGAACGUCAACGCAACAAAACGCCCGAUUUGUCCGCCUACAUUUAUCCCAGCCCGACUUCCAAGGAAUUGUCACUAGCCCGUCCGGCCCGCGCUGGUCGAUUUUGUUGA